GAUCUACCAUUACUCUACUUGAAUUAUUAUGGAGGCAAAAUCUAGUGCCCAGAAGCUCCAGAGUCUUCUUAUUAACCAUGACAAAGUCCGGACACAGAUCAAAUUGCUAGAGAGGUUGAUCCAGAGACAUCAUCGCCAGGCAGUCAGAUCCAUUAACCUAGGCCAGAAAGGACAAGCUCUACAUUACAUGGGCUGCAAGAUUGUGGUCCAGUCAGUGAAAUACUUCUACCAGCAGUAUUCCAUUAGGAGCUGGAUACGGGUACAGACCAUGGCCCGGGAGAUCAUGCUGACCCUGGACCCUGGGAAUGUCCCCCCACCCUUGGUUAUUCCUGAGGAGGACUUCACUUUUCAGGAGGAACAGACCCUCAAGUACCAGCAUGCCCUGGCUGUCGCCCACUGUAACUUCUCCAGGACAAGCUAGUGUGACUUUUGUGUCUAUAUUGCUUUGAGAUACAGUGUUCCUGUGGAUGUGGGAUAUUUUAUUGUGAUCUGUGAUUUCACUGUGUAGGAGUACUGUUGCAUUACCCUGACUGACAAAAGAAAUGUUUAAGAUUGUCUUUGAAGUAUUGUUGUGUAUUUUGUAUGUUAUUUAUACAUUCAUUUUAUGCUUGCUCAUUUUAAUUAAUACUGAGAUCAUGUGAAAUUUUUAU